CCCGCGGAAGCUGCAGGAGCAUCGCUAGGUGUUGCCGCCACCAGGAAGCCGGGCUGCAGGAUGAGUAAGAGAUACUUACAGAAAGCAACAAAAGGAAAACUGCUAAUAAUAAUAUUUAUUGUAACCUUGUGGGGGAAAGUUGUGUCCAGUGCAAACCAUCAUAAAGCUCACCAUGUUAAAACGGGCACUUGCGAGGUGGUGGCACUCCACAGAUGCUGUAAUAAGAACAAGAUAGAAGAACGGUCACAAACGGUCAAGUGCUCCUGCUUCCCUGGGCAGGUGGCAGGUACCACACGAGCUGCUCCAUCUUGUGUGGACGCUUCAAUAGUGGAACAGAAAUGGUGGUGCCAUAUGCAACCAUGUCUUGAGGGAGAGGAAUGUAAAGUUCUUCCAGAUCGGAAAGGAUGGAGCUGUUCCUCUGGGAAUAAAGUGAAAACAACUAGGGUAACCCAUUAACAAAGGAUAAAUCAAGUGAUCCUCAAGGCUGAUUACAUUGAACAUCAGCAUAGAAACAUAACUCAUGAGGUGAUCUUGAAGGAAAAUUUUUAUACAGCUCACAAGAGGCACUCUGGAGUCUAUUAUUUCCAGGGGAUUUCAUGGCUUGUAAUCAGCUUCUUCUUGGAAUCAAGACUUUUUAAAAGUCCGACAUGAACUUCUCUAUCAUGAAGAUUUCAUCAGAUUUGAACUGUGUUCAACUUGUAUAACUGCACUUGCAAAAAGGAUUUGAAGUUACUAUCUGAAGAGUUAGCGUUUCCGGAUGGUGUCAGAGACACUUACCUUUUGGGCUCUUGGCUCCAAAUGUGACUGCUUUUCUUGUUUCUGAAAGUCUCCCAAGUGCACUGGCCUUCUGUCAUGGACCUGUUCCUGAGUCCUGUGUUCAGUGGCUAGGACUGCACAUGGCUUCAGUGACUUUUCCUUUGAGAACUUCUCCUCUGGCAUGGUGUAGACUGAGACAAUUUAUUUGUAUCCUAACCUUGGAGCUCUGAAAGCCUACAUGUUUUAACAUCUUAAAGUUGCUUUUGUUAAAGGAAUGGAAAUAUAUAUCCAUUGAUAAUAAUUAUUGUUGGCAAGUAAUAGUUAUCUGAAUACAUCAAUCAUAUAAGAAUGUAUAGACAAGCUGACAUGUUUCCCCAAGGCUAACACACUGCUGCAGCUCUCUGUCAGUUAAAUAGGUAGUAGUUAAUUAGAACUGAAUUACCAUUUUCAUUAUAUACUCCUGUUUGGUACCUCUAGAGUACUCUCCCUUUCAGUUUUUUUGUUUUUUGUUUUUUGUUUUAAAGUGGGCUUUUUCUUUCAUUUUUAUCUUUACUUUUUCCCUUCACAGUGAGCAGUCAAGUAUUUAGGUAACCUUCAGUUUCAAAAAACUGCCAGGGAUGCAUGUGGGUUUUGAUUUCUUAGCUUGAAAGUUAUUCACUUAGAUUUCUUCUAGUAUUUUUUUAAACUGUCCUUUCUAUCUCAUUUUAAAAAGGCUGUCUCUUGCUCUAUCCCAAUGACUGUUUGAAUGCCUAUCUGUUUAUUCAGUCUGUUGGUAGAAUAAAUUGUUCUUUUCCUUGGUCUCAAUUUUAUAAAUAUUUGCUUACCGUUGUCCCAUUCAAACAAUUUCUUUAGUCAGUCUUUGUCCACAUUUUCAUAAUACUUUUAACAUUUGUGGUUUUCAGUUCUACAGGAAAAUCUUAUAAAUAUUUCAAGGCCUUAAACAUGUAUGUACUUUUUUUUCUAAGUUACUCACAGAAUGUAUAAUUUUAUACUACAUCUGCUUUGUUUCAUUUGUGAUGCGGAGGGAGAGAAGAAUGGAAAUUGCAUAACCAUUCUGGAUAUUGUGUAAAUGUAUAGUUUGAAGGAAUGUAAAGGGGGAGGAGCUUCUGUGUUUUACUCAUCUUAGACUAAUAGGAAGAUACUUCAGAAAUUGUCCUAUUAGAAGUUCCAUUAUGUUAGAGAAGGUGUGGACAUCUUUUGUUUUUUAAAACUCACUGACAUGGCCAAUUAAGUAUAUGUUGAUUUCCAUGAUGGAGGCUGACAUACAAACCUAAGCUCUCCAGGCUAAGUUGGUAACAACUUUCAAAGACCAAUACAUUACCCAGAAUCUUCUCUCGGCAGAAUGACUAAAAGCAUAAAAUUUGUUAAACAUUACAUUUGUAAAGUAUGCUUUUGAUAUUGAACUAAAGUAAAGUAUACUGCCCCAUAAGUUCAUGGAAUGGAAUGACUUUCUCCUUCCAUUUUAAUUAUGCAUAUACAACUAGAUGGCUCUGAGUGAAUUUUGCAAUGGUUCAAGACUGUCUGAACUCAUAAAGAAAGGAGUAACAGUUGUGCUGGAGUUUCUGCAUCAGUAAUAAUAUCAUUAAUUUCUUUGGAACAAAGUGGAAAACUAUAUUAUUUUGGAAAUUAUGAAUUUGUCCUAGGUUUGAAAUUAUAGAUCAUGCCUCUCAUUUUUUAAACUAUGUCCCCUAAAACAACACUGGAAAUUCUGUAUUAUAUUCAAGUGUAAUACAUGCAUAUCAAUAGAAAAAAAUAAAUGGAAUUUCAAAUAUAUUAACUA